AUGGCACCAUCAGAUUCAUGGACAUCAUACCAAAACAUGAGUUGCGAUAGCGAACAGGCACGAAAAAUUCAACAGCUUCUGCUUACCGCAAACUUUCCGUUUUUGUGCACUACAGCAGUGCAACUUCGUUCCACAUUGGCUGAAGCGCCUCAAGCAAUUGGCCAAACGCUUACGUGCUCAAUCGACUCCACCAAGUUUGCCAGUGGCAUGAACAACGUCGUAGUUGAGCUCAGAUUCUCAGAUUCGGAAUACUGGAUUGCCAGAAUCCGACUUCCUACCAAUCCCAUUCACGACGCAGCCGUCGAGGCUUCCAUUCGAAGUGAGAUCACCACGAUAAAUCUGGUGAGCUCUCGUACUUCCAUUCCAAUUCCCAAAGUCUACGGCUCCGACGUUUCCACCACAAAUCCUUUCGGCUUCCGCUAUAUCUUGAUGGAGGCUCUCCCUGGCCACGUUCCCGAUUCAUCCUUCGCGAAAACAGUGCCACAGAGUAAGUGGGACAAGGUCGCUGAGCAGUUUGCCGACUACUAUUUCCAACUCAGUAAUCUCCGAUUCGACCACAUCGGCAGCCUAUCCAGCGGCCUCGACACCGCUGACGAGCUCUCUAUCGCACCUUAUAACGGCAGUGGACCCUUCUCUACCUCACUUGAAUACUUCCACAACACUCGCAAGAAACAAACCCGCGCGAUCAAAUCCGCACACGGCAACGACGAACAAUGGUCCACAGCUGCUUGGAUCCUUGAACAAGCACUUCCAGCAAUGGUCGUGGAAGAAUAUGUGCGUGGGCCAUUCCCGCUUUGCCACAUGGACCUACAUUACGGUAAUAUCCUCGUUGACGACGACUAUAACAUUACGGGUAUAAUCGACUGGAGCGAUGCACAAACUGUCCCGCUGGAACGUUUCAUCAUCACUCCGGAAUUCGCGAUGUUUCCGGGUCUUUCGGACGAGAAGAGUGCUCCUUCCAUUGCGUUCAGAGAGAAAUUCGCUGCGGUGCUGAGAACGAAGGAAUUGGCUGCACGGAUGAUUCCCGAUGGGCCACCGCCAAUAGCAGAUAUGCUUGGCACACCGCUGUGGGAGAUUGUGUAUCGGUGCACGUAUAGUUAUCACUGGAGGGCGUUGACAGACUCUAGAUUGGUGUUGCGGCAGAUGUACGGGGAGGAUGCGAAGUUUGAGGAUUUCAUGACUUUUUAUAAGAAUGGACCUGUCAACUUUAAGGGUGCAAAGCCAAUUAGUGGGCGUUUGAGGAUGUGA